AUGAAUGCCCACAGUUCCUCAGAGGACUCAAAGGAGGACUCAUCAGGAGCCAGGCAGAGGCCCAAGGUCACAGAUGCUUUCAAGGACAUUUCCAGAUAUGUCUCCAAGGAACAGUGGACCAGUAUGAGAGAGUUUCAGAAAACACCCUACCGCAGUGCGAAAAACAACUGCAGCGAGAUGCUCUCUGUAGGUCUGACAGCCCAGCGGUCAGCUUUGCUGCAUCGGGGAAGGCGAACUAGCCAAGUCCCACUGGAUGACUCUGACGAUUCUGACACAGAAUGGAUGCCUCGGUGGCCAGAACCCAGGAGAAGGGUUGUUGAGCGGAAGUUGUACACCCUGCGACAAGGAAAUGGCUGUGCAUAUGAGGAGGUCAGCGAGCCCCAGGAUGAUGACUUCCUGUAUUGUGAGAAGUGCAAGAUCAACUUCAUCGACAGCUGUCCCACUCAUGGGCCCCCUACAUUCAUGAAGGACAGCGUGGCAGAUGUGGGGCUUGAGGACCGCGCAGUGCACACACUGCCCACCGGGCUGAGGAUAGGACCUUCGAGCAUCCCAGGGGCUGGGCUGGGAGUCUGGAAUGGGAACUCCACCCUGCCUGUGGAUGUGCACUUUGGCCCCUACGAGGGUCAGAUCACAGAGGAUGAAGAGGCGGGCCACAGCGGUUACGCCUGGAUGAUCUCUGAGGGGAGACAGAGCUACAAGUACGUGGACGGCAAGGACACAUCCCACGCCAACUGGAUGAGGUAUGUGAACUGUGCCCGCAUUGAGGAGGAGCAGAACCUUGUGGCCAUUCAGUACCACGGGCAGAUCUUCUACCGCACCUGCAAGGCCAUCAAGCCUGGCACUGAGCUAUUGGUCUGGUACGGGAACGAGUAUGGGCAGGUGCUGGGCCUCACAGGCAACAGCAAGUGGAAGAAACAGCACGUGGAUGGGAGAGAACCAAAGGCAGAGAUCCACCUGUGUCCCUUGCGCUCUCUGGCCUUCUCCAUUCAGAAAUUCCUCAGUGGCUAUAUAAACCACGGUCACCUCUCUCAGAUCCACUGGGUAACAGCUACAAGCAACAUGCUCCAAGGAGAAGAUGCCUGUCCGGGGGAUCUGCUCUGGGAGCAGCAGCAGUCCCGUCCUGAUGGCAGGAAUGAUGGAGGUGAAGGAGAGGCCCAAGGGAGACCGAGCCCUGAGCCCCAAAGGACAAGGGAGAGUGGGACUUCAAGAGAUACCCCCAACCCUCCCGAGGGACAGAUGGGGAGGUCUGGGGAGAGUGAGGGUGUGACUGAGCAGGAGCUCAGCACAGGCCAGACCCUGCCCGUGGGGGUGGGAAGCUCACAAAUUGCAUCCAUGAGUAGUAGAGAGUUGGAACAAGGCCUCAGUGACACAUGGGAGGCCAGCAGGAACGAGCUUUCACAAGCAGGGGACAGUCGCUUUGCUUGUAGGGACUGUGGGCGGGGCUUUCGUUAUCAGUCACUCUUCAUCAGGCACAGGAGAACACACACAGGAGAGAAGCCCUAUGUUUGCAGGGACUGCGGGCGGGGCUUUACUCGUCAAUCAAACCUCACCGAGCACAAGAGAACUCACACAGGUGAGAAGCCCUAUGUUUGCAGCGACUGUGGGCGGGCCUUUACUUUCCAAUCAAACCUCAACAAGCACAAGAGAACUCACACAGGUGAGAAGCCCUAUGUUUGCAAUGACUGUGGGCGGUGCUUUAGUUUAAGAUCACGCCUCACCAGUCACCAGAGAACACACACAGGAGAGAAGCCUUAUGUUUGCAGGGACUGUGGACGGGGCUUUAGUGAUCAAUCAAACCUCACUCAGCACAAGAGAAAACACACAGGAGAGAAGCCCUAUGUUUGCAGGGACUGUGGGCGGUGCUUUCGCCAUCGAUCAAGCCUCAGCAGGCACCAGAGAACACACAGAAUUGGAGCCCAGUGCUCACAGAAAUAG